CAUUAGACUGUUGUGUCAGAGGUUCAGGGUUUGAACAUUGGACUGUUGUGUUAGAGGUUCAGGGUUUGAAUUCUCAGCAGAGACUUACUUUGUUACAGCUCGGCUGGAAAACACUAAAGCAUUUGUUAUGACUGAUGCCCAGACUCCAUACUAAUUGUUAUCUGAUGUCAUGGAGGACAAACCUUCAUAAGAAAGACAAAUAAAUCCGUGAAAAUUAUUUAUUUCAUGAUAACAAUUCAGCAAUUCCUUUUGAAUAAUUUUUUUUUUUUCAAUUUCCGAAUCCGCCGUAUUUCGGAAUUUGUAGGUCCAUGCAUACCGAGUUCUGUAUUAUAUGUUAUCAAGAAUAAUUUCCUGUUCAGGAUGGUUUUUUCUUUGUUUGAAAUGCAGAAAAAAUGAUAAAAUGAAGGCUCAAAUUUUACAUAAUUUUAAUGAAAAGGAUGCAUUUACUAAUUAACUUAACAAUGACGUGUUAAAAAUUAGGAAUCCUUUCACCGGAGAGGUAGAUAUGGCGCCAUAUGGGGGUGAUGCAGUGACUGGGUUUUAAAGAAGAUGUUGAUGGCAGAAAAGGAACAAUGUUCAGCUGUUGAAGGGACCACCAAACCAAAGGACCAAUGAGCUGAAAACCAAUGACACAGCAGAAAAACCAAAGACUCUGUCAGCCAGUUCUUUACAAUGGAAAGCAACCAAAUCCAUCAUACCAGCAUAGCUUUAACCAGCAAUAGUAAGAGACAGUGUUAUAAAAGACUGAAAGCCAUACACAGUACACCAUCCUUGUGAUGUUAUUUAGUUGCUUAGGAACCUGCUGAUCAAAUCUUGUGUAUACUUGUUACCAUGGAUACAAACCAGUGUCAGGUGUGUGGGAAUUUUUUCAUCACCCUCACUUCCCUCAAUAAUCACAUAGAGACUCACAGCAAAAAGGAACUGUACCACUGCAUUCUGGGACUGAGAAACACCAUAGCAAUGUUGUCAAGGCAACCAUUGCCAGAGACAACGUACCAGGAGACAGUCAAUGUCACGGCCACUGACCUCUCGCAGAACCACCAUUCUCACAACAGCCCACCCGAAAAAUCCAUCGCCAACAUGGCUGCCCCAGCAACCUCUUCUUCGUACGAAAUCCUCACUAGUGCUGAAAGUUCACAACCAGGGCUGAUGCAUAUCAAAUUUUCUUCCAUAGACAGCCCCGUUACAAAUACACCACCAAACCAGAUUCUCGUUAAUUCGGAGCCACACGCCGUGGAAUCUAGCUCAGAAACCGCCCAGAGUGCAGGGACCCUCGGUGGUACGGAGUCUGGGAACGCAGGUCCUAGUGAGGGGGAUAUGUUGACCUGUCCAAUUUGUAAGAAAAAGUUGACUUCAUCGUAUACAUUGUAUCGUCAUAUGCAGAGUCAUUACGACAAGCAGGCAGACACGUGUCAAGUGUGCGGCAAGGAGUUUGUAGGCAAGAGGAGUUUGGUUGUUCACAUGAGAACACACACAGGAGAACGUCCGUACAAGUGUACCACCUGCGGGAAACAGUUCGCUCAAUACGGGACCCUGUAUCGCCAUCGUCAAAUUCACAACAAGGGGGACACUACCACCAACCUCACCCCUGUGCCCGUCCCUCCAGAAUCUACCCCAGCGGAGGACCCAGCCAAUCAAAAACAUCUACAACACAGCACGGCUAAUCAUAAACUUGUACCCAAUGCGGCAUCUGCAACAGCAGGUCCCGAAGAUACGCAGGAAUCUCCCGAGAUCAGACCAGAAAAAGUCCCUGAAAACAGGGACCUCUCAGAAGUUGCGCGUCCGCCAGAGAAGACGACUAUUCUUAGCGUGCCCAGUACGGAGAAUAUGACGCAGGACCCGCCGGAUCUGGGUGACGGUGCCACGUACCCUCCCCCUCCUCACGCAUCAGACACUGAGGCUAUAAAUAACCUACUGUACCAACACGUGUUCGGGGACCAGCAGCAGUUUUUACAGGGCUAUCUACAAAACCAGCUGUUCGCGCAGACUCUGGCCAGGUUUCCUAACUGGGGAUCCGAGUUCGCCCUCAUGGCGGGGUACCCUGGUUACGCUGGUCUGGAUUACAAAAAACCGGAGACGGAUCAAAAUUAUGACAUAUCUGCACUUCCAAAUCCGCAGGUGGAGAAAACUCGGACCGACCCUUCCACGGAACAACUGCAGGACACCUUCAGUGACAACUCUGUCACGUCGUCCAAAUCGGAGCGUCUGGAGUCGUUUUCUAGUCUCACGGAGUCCCUGCUACGUAGGAGAAACCAAAGUCCGGUCGUGACGACUGUCAAUUCAGUGGUAGGACCCGGAAUAUCGGCAGCCCCUACACUGUCUGACCCCACUAAUUCAGGGUAUCCGUCGUCCCUAGGCAUUCACCCACCGCCUCCUCCGAGUUAUGAGACCGCGGUGCAGCAGUCGCUGGGAUCACCGGCCCUAAUGAACACACCCCUGAUGGAAAAUGAUCAAAGCCCGAGCUCUUCUUCAAUGGCUGUUAACAUGACCCUUGACCUGUCAUGUAAAGUCUGUGCUCAAAAAUUCCAAACCUCGUCAGAACUGACCAAGCACAUGACACAGCAUAACGAGAAGAGCUUUGUCUGGUGUCAGAUUUGUCACAGUAAGUUUACAACGCCGUUCUCUCUGCGUCGUCACAUGAAAAUUCAUACUGGAGAACGGGACGAGGUUUGUGGUGUGUGUGGGAAGAGGUUCAUUGACAAACCCAGGCUCGUGGUGCACAUGCGGACUCACACCGGAGAAAAGCCCUACGCAUGCUCCAUCUGUCCAAAAACAUUUUCGCGGCGAGAAGUACUUAAGCGUCACGAGAAGACGCACUCUUCAUUUAGACCCAUGGACUCAUCAACUCCCAAGCAUGCUUACGACAACACGCCCCCGAAAGUGGAAAUCAGAAAGCAUGAAGCCGAUCACUCGCAGCUGGAUUCCGGGAUGUAUCUGUCGUUCGAUGAAGACAGAGGGGGCGUGUCCACUUACCUGACCAGCGAACAGCCGGAACAAGCUACAAUGGUGUCGGAACCGGAAAAACAUGCCAACAAUUACAUGUACACCGGGGACGACAUCAAAUCGAGCACACUACCAGGAAAUGACAUCACAUACCACCAGGAGGACAUACCCAUCAUGCCACAGCAGGAGGAAGUCGCGGCGGAAUUCAGCGACACUGAUAAUUCAUCUCCCAAAGUUAUAGAGAACCAACAGGAGACGUCGACGGACGUUCCCUCCGAUUCCGGGAGUGGAAAAGAUGGGGAAAUGGACCGGGACUCCCGUACCAUGAAUGAGAUCAACGACAUGUUGAUGAGGAAUUUUACCAGUAAAGUCGAUGGCGCCAAACCGUAUCAGUGCGACGUGUGUAACAGGAAGUACACGAUGCAGUCCUGUCUGCGGAGACACAUGCUCGUACACACGGGACUGAAACCGAACCGAUGUCAGGUGUGUGGGAAGUCCUUCGUGGAGAAACAACAGCUACUGGUUCACUUCAGAAUUCACACUGGGGAACGACCUCAUCAAUGCUCCGUGUGUGGUAAACGCUUCACGCAGUACGGGACCCUUCACAACCACAUGCAGGUGCAUCGUAAGCAGCAGUUGAGUCAAGCUUUGGUGGGAAAUAAAGGAGAGGAAGGAGAAGUGGACUUUACGAUAAAGCAAGAGCCAUUAGAGGAAGGUUUCCCGAGUCAGUCUGAGGAGUUAGUCAAUGGUGAAGCCAUGUCUGCUGAAAUAGACAGUGCAAUAGAGAGAGAGCAGGUGAUGGAUGUUCCGAUCGCGAAGUCUCCGAGCGUGUCAGAAGAGAGCAGAAAUAUCGAUAUGUCUGGCAAGAUGAGGCCAUACUCCUCAGUGGUAGAGGACGGCCAAGAAGCACAGUCGGUUCCGGGGGAAAUGGACGGAGAGAACUCGAAAGAGGAAGAGACUUCGGAAGUAGAGAAAGUCAGCACGCACGGAGAGGAAGCGGAAACUUCUGAAAGUAGUGAGAAGACGGACGGAACGGUAUCCAAAAUAGACAGACCUGCUUAUGACUUCCUGUACGGAUACCCGACCACCAGCCUCAUGUCACUGAAUCUGCUGGCCAACACGUCAGAAGUCCACCAGAGUUUGAUGGAACACAUGGCCCAGCUUCAGAGGACACCUGAGAUGCACCAGAGCCUGCUGGAGUAUAUGGCUCAACUACAGCGAGCUCGAAUGGUGGGUCUGACGGACUACAGCACGGCGUUUACGCGCCCGCCGGUUUCCUCGACAUAUACGUCGUCUAGUGAUGUUGGUCUGAAUCUGACGACGUCAGAAAACCACGCCAAAGUCCUGGGUUUGAACUGUGACAUGUGUGAUGCCAAAUUCUCUGAUCAGGAGUCACUUGAUAGUCACGUAAAGACACAUACACUGAAGAACGGAAACGACGCAAUGCUGAGUCAGGCGUCGGAGGCCAUGUCGCCAACUAAAAACGACAAGUUCCACACGUGUAAAACCUGCGGGAAAAGUUUCAGCGCUUCAUUCUGUCUUCGGCGUCAUGAGAUGAUUCACAGCGGCAAUAAACCGUAUAAAUGUGAGUACUGUCCAAAAGCGUUUGUCGAGAAGCAGCACCUGACGUGCCACGUGCGUAUUCACACGGGAGAGAAACCGUAUUCGUGCAGCACAUGCGGGAAAGCGUUCACACAGUAUGGGACGCUGCACAAACACCUACGCACCCACAACAAGAACAAACCUCACAAGUGUCAGUUUUGUGAGAAGGCGUACUACGAGCGGCGCCAACUCACUAACCACAUGUUGACUCAUUUUGAAAACAAAGGGAAGUAACUCGUCCGCGUAAUAAAUUAUUUUAAGAAAUGAUAGCCUUUACUGUAGAAAAUGUCUUGUAGGUAGCUGAGCUUUAGAACUCCUAUUUUUUUGUGGUUGUAAAUUUGUCUAUAGAUUGUUUCGAUAGUAGGGGGCCAAUUGUUUUCUAGAUACCCUGUAAUAUUUUGUUUAAUGAUAGCGAAACCAGUACAUUGUACCUGUAGCUUUUUAAGAACUCGCUGCGGUGUGCAUUUCCCCCCAUUAUAUAUAUAAAAGUAUGUUGAUUUGACUGUAGAAAUCGUUAGGGAUAAAAUUCUUCUGGAAGAAAAAAAAGGGAAUUUGAUUCAUCUUUAAACCGCACAUCGUUAUGGAACAUAAGCUUAAAACGGCACAUCGUUACAGAACAUAAGCUUAAAACGGCACAUCGUUACGGAUCAUAAGCUUAAAACGGCACAUCGUUACGGAACAUAAGCUUAAAACGGCACAUCGUUACGGAACAUAUGCUGUAUAUUUCAAGUUGUGGGUAAAUGUGUUCUUUGUAGGUUACGAAAUAUCAAAUUUUACGUUGUCCAUCGAUGAAAUUGUCUAGAAGGCUUUUGUUCUUUUUUCCUGUCUAUAUUACUGAAUAGAUUUGUAUGAAUAUUGAAUAUGUUUGCAUUUUAAUGUGUACCCAAGUUUAGAAAAUGCAGGGUGGUGUGUGUAUUGUCCAGUAUAACUGUGUAUGUUUUUUUUCUCUUUUUGACAGAGGACUUAAUUUGAUAUAUGGUUGUUUUUUUUCCAUUUUAGAGUUAAACUUACAAAAAUAUUUCAACAGUGCUUCUUUUUAUAUCAUUAUUUUUCAAUGAUAGAUACAUGUAUUAUGUGAAAGAUCCUCAAUUUUAUGUGAAGUAUGGGGUCUCACAGUUAAACACGGUUAUAGAGAACCUCAAGGGAAAAACGAUUCAUUGUAGCCAAACUUCAUUAUACAGUUAAACAUGGUUAUAGUGAACCUCCAGGGCCAGCAAAAAUCAGUUCAUUAUAACCCAACUCCUUUAUAUCCAAUACAAUGUUUGGUAUUUUCCUCUCAUUAUAAACGUGAAUUCGUUAUAAACGUGAAUUCGUUAUAAACGUGAAUUCGUUAUAAACGUUCCCAUUAUAGUCGUGUUUUGCUGUACAGAGUUUAUACAUAUGUUUGUACUAUCACCAAAGGGUGCAAAUGAGCUUUUCUGAUCCAAAAACUGAGCCAAUUUUAACCAAACUUUGCAUUAAGCAUCAGAAGGUACGAGGAAUUUGUUUGUUCAGAGGGACCAUGCCAACUCUCUGUAGGGACAAUAUGAAAAUGAGAAAGGGGUCAUCUCAAAAUCUUGUUUUAAUUACUAGAAACGUGUCCAGUGUACUGUAAAUUCAAGUUUUGAUCAGGCCCCCGGUCACAGGGGAAAGAUGGGGCCACUGAACAAAAAGUUUACGGAUUUGAAUGAUAGACAGUGUUCGUGAUAUUUGUGAGUCCAAGUCUCAACUGAUCUUUUCUGAUAGACAGUGUUCAUGAUAUUUGUGAGUCCAAGUCUCGGCUGAUCUUUUCUGAUAGACAGUGUUCGUGAUAUUUGUGAGUCCAAGUCUCGGCUGAUCUUUUCUGAUCAAAAUUGAUCUGUUAUCUGUGUUUCCUGUGACACUGACCACUCUUCAGGUCGGACUUCUUUCAGGAACCUCUGGACCAAAUUCAACCAAACUUGGCACAAAGCAUCUUGGGUAAGGGAAAUUCAAGUUUCUUCAAAUGAAGGACAAUGCCCCUUUUCAAGAGAAGAUAAUAAAGAAAAAUAGGGUUGGUUUUUUUUUUAACUUUUACUCGAGAACCACUGAACCAGAAAUUGUAUGAAAGCUUCCUGUUUAAACCAUGACAAAUUGAGUAAGUUCAGAAGAGGAAUAUGAAAAUUUACGUCUUUAAAAAUCUCGAGAACAAUAAUGGUACAAUUUGUAAAAUCAAGAUUUAAGUUUGUAUACACUCAUAGGGUUAUGAUGGGGGCACAGAAUAGGUUUAAAUUACUACCGUUCUAGGAUUAAAAUGGGAGGCACAAAAUAGGUUUAAAUUACUACUAGGAUUAAAAUGGGGCACAAAAUAGGUUUAAAUUACUACUAGGGUUAAAAUGGGGGCACAGAAUAGGUUUAAAUCACUCCUAGAAUUAAAAAGCUUUAUCAUAUUAGGAUUAAACAUUCUUUUUGAAGAAUUUAUCAAUGUGUAAACUCUGGACAUUUUACUCACAAACUGAAUAAAAGUGGGAAUCACUUUUAUGUUAAGUUUGUGAGUGAAAUGUCCAGAGUUUACACAUCGAUAAAUUCUUUAAAAAAUGUUUGAUUCUUAUAAUUCCAAUUCGUUCCCUGUAUUAUCAAUUUCAGAAAUUUGAAUAGUUUCCCCGCUCUAUGUUAUUUGUUUUCAGGCACAUGUGUAUACAUAGCGUUUUUGGAUUUAUUGAUGUGUAAAUUCUUGUUAAGAAUUAUUUUUGUCCAAUCAAAACAAUUGUAAUCAAUAACGUUGAAAUUAUAUAGGAUUACAUAAGAAAAAUUUCAUAAUGGGGGCAUAACCAUACACUCAGGUGAGCAAUGUGGCCCAUGGGUCUCUUGUUCAAGAGUGGCCAUCUAGUGCUGUGAGAGACUCCCAAUAUUGUUUAGAUAUAUUACGGAUGUUCAAACCAAUAUUUGGUCAAAAGAGGGACACAAUAUUUUACAUAAAUAUCCUCUAAAGAAAUAUCAAUGCAAUAUAAAAAACACAAAAUUUCCCUCUGAUGUAGAUUUUUAAUGGCCUCGGGCACCAUGGGGCUGUAAUACAGGUGCAUAUCUAUAUUUGUGAGGGAGGAGUGGUGACCCCUGCUGGCCUCUGUCACAUGAUCAGAAUUAAAAUUCCUGCAGAGUGGCAGUUUUGUAGAUUUUUUUGUAACAAUUUUUUCCCCCCAUUUUAUAUGUGUAAAGUGACAUAAAGCUGUGUGAGAGGAAAUAGGAAGUGUCCAUUAUUGUCAUUGAGAUUGAAUGCUGCAAAUUUUAUAUUGAGUGUUGAGUGUGUGAGGAAGAGCACCGAUGUUUUUAUUGAAUAAGUUGUACUGUUAUUGCUUGAAAUACCUGUACUGUAUGGAUAAACAAAGAGGGAUUCCGAAGUGUAUUGGAAUUUCGAUAAUCUCUGUCGUCAUCUGUAUAUAGUUGUAGUGUAGAGAGUAGAAUUUUAUCCCCCCCCCUCCCCACAUUCAUCAAAUCCUCAAGCUACCUGUAUCAGUGUUCCGCUUUAGCGAAGAGAGUGGGAGUAUUCAUUUUAUUAAUGGUGCCAAAAUUGUUAACAUGAAUGAUUUUUUUGUUUGUUUCACAUAUCUGUAGACAUCUGUGUAUAUAACCUAUACGAAACAUCGCCUGAGUAAACUUACCACUACCAAGUCACCCGUGACGAUUUGUGUAUCACGUCAUAGAGGAUCGCUAUACAUAGCAGAUGUUAAAAGCAUUUUAUUGGUUGCUAUUUAUAGCUCAGCCAUUGAUUGGUUGCUGUUUACAGAUCUGUUACUUCAAACUUGUAUGUAUUUUUCAUUGUAUUUAGAAGUGUGCUGGGACGCCCCUAGAAAACUGAAAACUUCCCAUUUCAUCGGAUCACCCGUAUUUUUAUAUUCAUUCAGUGUACAGAGAGUCUUAAUAUAUUUUGUUUGCAUGUCUCAUUUCAGGAA